AACCUACCCCUUUACCUUCCUUUGUCCUGAAGAAUUACUUUUCCAGAUUUUUCCCCCAGCCCCCACCUCCACCAUAACUUUCUUAAACCAAUCUCUCCUAAACAGUCAAAACCCCAAAAAUAAGGGAACUGUAAAUACCCAUUACCCAAAUAAAUCCCCAUGGUUGAAAACUGAAGGAAAGGAGGUCCCUUUCCUCAUUUUGAAGGUAUGAAAAGAAUAGAAGAGGAAAAAGGGUGUUGGGUGUCUAUCUUGAAGUUUGGUUCCCUUCUGCAGCGCUUUUGUCGGUGGCCAGGUCCUCACUUAUUCAGAAAAUAUUGAUUGAAGGAUGCAAACCCAUGUUCAUGCAUGGAGCAAGUGAGGUGUGUACUGUUGUGUGACAUGGACAUGUGAGGGAGGUGAAAUUUCCCAGAAAAAUUUGUUUUCCAGGAAAGUAUGGUCUCAGAUUGACAACACCCGACCGCGGGGGCCUGGAAGAAAAUUCAACACCUUUACCUCCAAAAGAUCAACCUACACGAAAAUCAGAGCCGAGGGCGGCCGAAGCACGAUGGCGUCGACGGGCAUUGUCACCGCUCAGAUAUCCAACAUACAUGGAAUCACCGACCGGAAGAAGCCUAUCCCUUCUUCUUUCUCUCUCGGUAGCCUCAAGGUGGGUUCAAGUAUAGCUGGUAAAAAGAUGUUAUCUUGGCGGGGUGCUCAGAAUUCUGGACAUAGACAUAGAUCUGUACGUGUAUACGGUCUAUUUGGAGGAAAGAAGGAAAACAAUGAUGAUGCACCUCCCAAGGCAGGAAUUCUUGGAAAUAUGCAGAAUUUAUAUGAGACAGUGAAGAAAGCACAGAUGGUUGUCCAGGUUGAGGCAGUGCGUGUCCAAAAGGAACUUGCUGCGGCAGAGUUUGAUGGUUAUUGUGAGGGUGAGCUGAUAAAGGCGACAUUGUCUGGCAAUCAACAACCAAUACGCAUAGAGAUCACUGAGGCAGCAAUGGAAUUAGGUCCAGAGAAACUUUCUCUGUUAGUUACUGAGGCAUACAAGGAUGCGCACCAGAAAAGCGUCCAGGCGAUGAAGGAAAGGAUGAGUGACCUUGCUCAAAGCUUAGGAAUGCCGCAAGGUCUUGGUGAGGGAUUAAAGCAGUAAUAAUUUCCUUUACUGUCACCUGAGAUGAGCUUCAGUUUUGUAUACAAACCAGGCGGAAAUGCUCAUUUGUACUUGUGACUUCUUUUCUUCUUUUUUAUUUCUUCUUAAUGAAAUUUGUAUUCUGACUUUGUGUCAAAACUAGUUUGUUUAGUUUAAUAACAAUCCAAAUUGAUA